AUGCGGCGUGGCCCGGCAGAGGAGCCUUCGCUGGUGGGGAGGCAUGGGGAGGAGGAUGGGCGGUGUCAGCGCCUGCGUGAGAAGGGCUCUCCAUUGCCCGAGAAGGUGACGAGCGCGCUGCUGCUGGGCUCGUUCGUGGCGCUGGCGUUCCGGUCGUCGGAGCAGGAGGACGAGAUCGAGGAGCUGGAGGCCCGCAAGUCCUCCCUCCGCGUCGCCAACUCCCCCAUGUCUUCCAUUAUGUGGGCCUGGAGGGAGGAGCUCUUCAAGCUCGCCGCCAUGCCCUCCACGCCCAUCACCGCCGCCCGCCUCCGCCACAUCUACGGUGAGGAGGACCCACCAUCAUCGCCGGCCUCCCGGACCCGAUUGACCACGCUCGCUUCCGAGCAGUGUGCCGUUCCUGGCGGUCUGUCCCGUCUCCACGAAAGCUACCCAAGGUCAUGA